AUGGUUAAAGGUGUAAAAAUGCUUAAUCCAAAUUCUAGGAUUUUGGAUGAUGUAAUCGUUGCAAGAAAAAAAGCAGGAUCAUCUCAGUUAGUUGAUGCUACAAACGUACAGACUGUUUCAACAUCUGCUACACAGACCAAGUUUCUCAAAAGAAAUAUUAUUGGAAAAUGUACCCUAAAUCUUGAUGGGUUACCGAAAUUGAGAAAUGUUUUACUUGUCAAAGGACUUAAGGCUAAUAUGAUUAGCAUAAGUCAAGUCUGUGACCAAGGCUUCAUAGUAAAUUUUUCUCGUGAUGAUUGCAAUGUUGUUGAUCAAAAUGGUACGAUUGUAAGAAUCAGAAGUGGUCAUGGUAACGAAUUUGAGAAUAUUGUUUAUGAUGAUUUUUGUAAAUCUCUAGGGAUCGAGAAAAUAUUAAAAAAUUUGAUGCCAAAAGUGAUGUUGGGUAUUUUUCUUGGUUACUCCAUUAAUAGUAAAGCUUAUCGUGUUUAUAACAUGAUAACACAAACUGUGAUGGAAUCUUCAAAUGUUGUUAUUGAUGAUUUGAAAGAUUUUUCUGAAUAUUCUAGUGAAGAAGAAAUUGACAGGCUAAUCGAUGAAAACACUCAAAGAGAAUCAUCUGAUGUAACUGGAAGUGAUUCUGUGCCCACAAAAGAACCUUCUGCUAGAGUAAAAAAGAAUCACCCUACUGACCUCAUUCUUGGCAACAUUGAGGAUAGACUGUUCACAAGAAGAAGAAAUAAGGCUAUGUUGGUGGCCCAAGGUUACGCACAAGUAGAAGUGGUAGACUUUGAUGAAACCUUUGCCCUUGUUGUUAGACUUGAGUAUAUUAAGCUUUUGCUAGUUGUGGCUUGCAUUGUUGGUUUUAAACUAUACCAAAUGGAUGUCAAAUCUGCGUUUUUAAAUGGUAUAUUGAAUGAAGAGGCAUUUUUUGAACAACCAAAGGGUUUCAUAGAUCCACAUUUUCUAGAUCGUGUUUUUCAACUCAAAAAGGCUUUAUGUGGUUUGAAACAAGCUCCUAGAGCCUGGAGAGGUGGAGUUGAUAAAACUUUUUUCAUUAAAAAUGCUGAUUCCGAUAUUGUUAUUGCUCAAAUUUAUGUCGAUGAUAUUGUUUUUUGUUCCACUUCUAACACUCAAGUUCAGGAAUUUGUCAAGAAAUGA